AUGAAUCGUCGCAAAUCAACAUCCACGACGGUGCCAACAGCAACGGCGACGAUGCAAAAGUCUACGGAGUCAAAGACACCAUCAACUAAAUACGACGGCGACAAUGCAAAGAGUUACAAUGACAGAGCCUAUGUCAUCAGGGGCGACGACGGCGACGACAGAAUUAAUCAAGUCAUGCUUCGGGAAGUCGCCAAAGAAAGGAAAAAAAUAAAAAAAGAAGAAUUUCUACGGCGAAAAGCGAAAUACGCGACACGUAUUCCACCGAUACCUGCACCGCCUGUUUAUGUGGCACCAUCGCCAAUACCAACAUCGCUUUAUGUACCAACUUACGCACCAUCGACUUAUGCAGCGCCGUUUACAUGCGCACCACCGACUUACGCAGCAGCGGCUCACCCACAACCACCGCCAUACGUAGCACCGGCUUACCCACAACCACCGGCUUACGCAGCACCGGCUCACCCACAACCACUGCCUUACGAAACUCCAAACCAAUAA